GAUUCAAUCCCUCUAAAAAUCGAACUGAAAAAGAUUAAAUGAAAAUGGAGCCCCGGAUUGCCGGAAUUAUGUACAUCCUGAUCACUUUUGCGCUGGUCAACGAGAUGUCAAUAAACGUCCAGGCGAGGGACAAUAAUAAAAGGCGAGCCAAGGAAAAGACUGGCGGCUUUCAGAAAAAUAUCUGCGAUAUCACCGACAGAGAUUCCAAAGUGCAUUGCUACUGCGAAAAUAAUAGGGAGCUCAGAAACGCGACGAAGGCCGAAUGCUGGGUUUUCAACGGCGGCAUACCGCGGGACGAUCUCAUCUGGCAGAGUUUCGCGUCGCAACCGACGCUCCAAACUUUGUCUUUUAAUGUCCGAGUCGAUGGCGCAUUAGGCUACGUGCCCACCAAAGCGCUCCACUAUCUACAAAAGCUACGUUCCAUUAACAUUAAAUACGGGAACAUUGUUGAAAUAACAUCCUUCGCUUUCGCCAACUUAACCAAUCUAAAAGAAGCCACUCUGUCUACUAACCAGAUUGAAAUAAUCCAACAAUACGCAUUCGCUCAUUUGCCUAAUAUUACUACUAUUAACCUCGAAGAUAACAUAAUUGUUGAAAUUGGUACGGAUUGCUUUUUCGAUCUGCCCAAGCUACAGAAGCUCGUUCUAACCAAAAACAACAUAUCAUCGAUAAAAGAUGGAGCCUUCCAGCGCACGUUUAACCUACUGGAAUUGGACUUGAACAAAAACAACAUAUUCCAUUUGAACCGUCACACGUUUGAUGGAUUGGCCAACUUGAGGAAAUUGGAUCUGCGAAGGAACCGCAUUUACAAUCUCACUGAAUUCACGUUCGCCGAGCUGUGGAACCUGCACGAGUUGCUCUUAGGCAAGAACGAUUUGAAGUUUAUUUCUGAAAGGGCGUUCGAUGGGCUGUCUCAACUCGAUAAGCUGUCCCUUGACGAUAAUAAACUGGUUGCGCUCCCCUCGGGAUGGCUGGAAGGGGCCCGUGGCUUAAGUUCACUGGAUCUUCGCUCGAACGAACUAUACGCAUUAACAUUCGAAAACAUCAGACCCAUAUUCGACAACUUGAAGCCGCAAAACAGCAAUUUGCUCCUCGAAGAAAACAACUUUGUAUGCGACUGCCGGCUCAAAUGGAUGCACUCUCUCCGCAACGAGACAAAAAGCCAGAACACCAAAGCGUCGCUCGACGGAAUCACUUGCAAAAUGGACUCGCCCGUCGUCAGCUCGGCUUACAACAAAAUUCCGGACCCGAUGGACAACAAACUAGAUUACAACCAAGACAUUCUACAUGCCGGGCUUACCAUUGAAACUGCGCUCUCCAAACCGAAUUUGACAGAUGUAGAUGAGGUUCAAAGCAAUGAUAUAUCUGCAAAUAAAAAGGGGGUCAAAAGGAACGUUCUCAAAAUCCCACCUGACACUUUGCCAUGUCCGAGGGAAACUAAAAAGACCACUGAAAUGCCUCAGCUCAUGAUCGAUCCAGUCAUUCCAAUACAAAAUGAAAUGAAAACAUACAGAUUUCAUGACAUAAAUUCGGCUUCUGCGUUUACUGUUAACAUUUUAAUACUAUGGAGUUCGGUAUUGUCUUUCUUCUUCACUUAAAUGUCGUCAAUUUCGUGAUCUAG